AUGUCUGCGAAAGAUCUCUUAACAACAUUACAUGAAUUGGCAUCGAAAAGCUUCAAUAGAACUCCAAAUGGGCUGAUAUUUACCAAUGAUUUGAAAACAGUUUAUUCUCUGUUAUUAAUAUGCCUGGAUCUAAAGGAGGAAAACCCACUAGAAUCAAAAUCACUUCUGAACGCCUUUAAUUCUAACCAUAAUAAGGAUUUUUCAUUUACCUUCUCAAUCAAUGAAGCAAUUGAAGUAAUGAAAGAUUUGAGAUUGAACGUGGAUAUGAACGCUACAUGUAUUAAAGUUUCAUAUUCAAUCAAACCAACAUUGGCUUUCCAUCUUUUAAAAGUGUUUAUGUCUGCAAACUUACUACAUACCCCCGCCGAUAGAACACGUACAGAACCUAAGGAAAAAGUCUUACUUCAACCCACUCCAAAGGGUGUGGCUAUAUUACAAAAAUAUGUAAGAGAUAUUGGAUUGAAAAAACUUCCAGAGAUAAUAUUUUCAUCUUUUAAUUCCCUUGAUUUGUUUACUUUUGAGAGAAGUUCCAUGACUGAUUCAAUAAUCCAUAGUGAUUAUCUUAUUCAUAUCCUUUUCAUAAGGGUGAUGGGUCCUCAUGCAAACGUUUGGUCUCCAUCUAAUAUAAGUGACCCAUUACCAUCAUUAUCAACAUUGCUCGAAUAUAGUAAUGACUCGUUUACGUUUGAAAAUAUGGAUUAUUCUCAUUUCUCCAAUGGGUUUGGUAGUAUAUCAGGGCAUUUCAAUGAUGGUUCACAUAAUUAUAAUAAUAAUAAUAAUAAUGCUACUACUCAUAAUAUCGAUUUCGAGUCAUGGCUAGAUCAAAUUCCUGAUGAAGAUUUACAUGAUGAGAGUAGAAAAUCUCCAUUUGCCCAUCGAUUUUUCACAAAUCCGGAUUCUGAUUCUCAUAUUCAAUAUUAUGUCUCAGAUAAAGGUGUCCGUUUAUUUAAAUCAAAAUUAUUUGGGAAAAAUAAGACAAUCAUCGAUUAUUGUUUUACUACGAAGGCAAUAUGGCAAUGGUUAAUGGAUUGUACAGAUAUAAUGUAUCCAAAGGAAGCUGUUUCAGUCGCAGCAUUAUUUUUGAAAAUGGGGUUUAUUGUACCAAUACUAUUACCACCUUCUAAAAAUUCCAAGAAAAAAUUUCAUAUUAGUAGGUCGUCAUUUUACACCUUAACCAAAUUAGGAUGGGAUAUUAUUCAAUGGAAUACCGAAAUUGGUAUCAAACAAUCAAUUAAUAAUUUUUCUAACCUUAAGAUUCAAACUCCCACACAAACGCAUGUUGACAUUGGAUUCACGUAUACAGGAAAUUUAGUGGUUCCGGAUGAAAAGAAACAGUUAAAACAAAACAUAGAUGCCAGACCUAAAUCAGUAGAUUUCACAUUUAAUGGAAAACAUCAAUGUAAUAAUUUGGAUGAUAUAUUGAGAGACCCAGGUAUGAGAUAUUUGUUCAGAAGACAUUUAGAAAAGGAACUCUGUGUAGAAAAUUUGGAUGCAUUAAUCGAUAUUAAAAAAUUCUCCAAAAAAAUGACUCUAUUAAAGAAAUUAUUGGAUGCCAAACAUAACAAAGAAAGUAACAACAAAAAUAAAAGUAAAGUGAAAAGUAAAAGUUUUGAAGAUAAUAUCUUAUCGACUAUUGACUCAGCUUUGAUGAAACAAGCUAACGAAUGUUUAGAAAUGGCAUACCAUAUAUCUUCAUCAUACAUUAUGGUUGGUUCACCAUACCAAGUUAAUAUUGAUCAUAACUUACGUGAAUCAGUAACUAAAAUUAUGUUGAGUCCACAAUCACCAUUAUCAAAAAGUUUCUCCGUAAAUUUCCAUUCUAAUUUUGAUUCACAUGACGAGAUAUUAUUGUCUACCAAUAAUGUGACGCCAAAGUUUUCCGAGUUAUCACUGAAACUAACUAAGCCAGAGCCUGCAUUAAAGAUAGACUCUUUAACGAGUUUAAGCCCGACUUGUAUGUCUCCGAGGCAAUUUAAACCUGCUCCAUUAUCAUUACCUCCACUGAGUAAGGAUCAAUAUGUUUCUUUAGAUCCUUUCAAAAAUGAUACAAGUGAUGAAGAUGAUAAAAAUUUAUCUUGUUUUUAUGAUGAUGAUCCACUAGGAAUAACGUUAAAGGCAUUGAAGAAAUUGUAUCCAUUAUUUGAAAAAGUUAGUAGGCAAAUGUAUCAUUUGAUGAAAAUUGAUUCAUUACAGAAAUUCAUGAAUUCGGAUGUUUACCAAGAGGCUACCUUAUUAAUUGAGAAACAAGAUAAAACUAUGUGA